AACCUCUGUUUCAUAUGCAUGCUCUAUAAAUAAUAAAGGGGUAAUUGAGUCAAUACCAUCAUUUUCUUGGUUGAAUAUUCUUCUAGUUGAGAAGUCAACAACUGAGUCUACUGACUAUACCAUAUUAUCAAAUGAGAGUGUUACUUGUUCCUUGAAACUCAUGAGAGAGUAGUAAGAAAUAAUCAUGGAAAAAUUUCAGAGCCACACCAUCCAUAUCCCAAUAUAUCCUUUACUUCUUUUCCUUGUUAAUUUCUCAACCCUUCUUUACUUAAUCUCAUCAGAUUAUGUUGUUCCAAAAAACUACUUCAUCAAUUGUGGAUCAAAUGAAAAUGUUGAUGAAGUUACCAGAAACUUUAUUGGAGACGAGAACUCGAAUUUGUUCUCAAUUCCAAAGCCAAGCAAGACUGUCAAAGCCACCAACCAAUUGGGGAACACAUCAAACCUGUACCACACAGCAAGAACCAUCACAGAACAAUCUUCAUAUGGAUUCAAAUUCAAUAAUAAUGUUAAUACUACUUACCUGGUACGCCUCCAUUUUUUUGCCUUUUCAUCCCAACCUGAUCUCUCUACAGCAGUUUUUGAUGUUUCAGCUUCUGGGUAUUUGCUCUUGCAUAAUUUCACUGCCAAAAACAGUACAAACUUGACAUUGAUAAAGGAAUUUUUACUCACCACCCAGACCGAAAUGCUCCGAAUAUAUUUUACACCUAAAGAAUCUUCUUUUGCCUUUGUAAAUGCCAUAGAAGUUUUUCCUGCCCCUCCUCUGAAUUUCAGCCCCAAUCAAACUGACAAAGUUGGGGAUCAUUACAAAAUACCAUCCUCUAUAUCUUUGCAAAAAGUUUACAGAAUCAAUGUUGGAGGACCUGAAAUUGAACCAGGUAGUGACACAAUAUGGAGAAACUGGGAUAGUGAUGAUGUUUAUCUCAGAACUAAGAACACUGCAAAGAAUAGCCAGUUUUACUCGAACAAGCCUUAUUACCAGUUAGCGGAUAGUGCAUAUGCUGCUCCGGAUUUGGUCUACCAGACUUCCAAAGAAAUGAAUCCGAACGCAAACAAUGAAUCAAAAAUAACUUGGAGCUUCGAUGUAAAUAAGACUGCUGCACACCUUGUAAGAGUACACUUCUGUGACAUUAUUAGUCUUUCUCUCAAUACUCUUAUUUUCAAUCUUUAUAUAAAUGGCAACUUCAGUACGGAGAUCAAUUCGUUGGCCUAUGUCACCCAGUCGGCUGCCCCUUUUACCAUUGAUUUUUUGGUUCAUUCUUUUGAUUCUGGAGUUAUGAGCAUCGGCAUAGGCCCUUCAAAUGCAAGUAUAGAGAAAAAUGCCUUUCUAAAUGGGCUGGAAAUAUUGCAGAUUAUGGAUGGAACAGCUCUAGUUCCCAAAGAAGAUGAGCCAAGUAAGAUAAGCAUUCCUAUAGUAGUUGGUUCAGCUCUAGGAGGAUUAGCUCUUGUUUCGGUUUUGAUGGUGGGAUUCUUCUUAUAUUGCAAACGCAGAAAACCGAAAACAGUCGAACAUUCAAGUUGGGGUCAUGUCCCUGCAUAUGGAGUAGGGAGCUCUCACAGCAGGGUGACCGAGUUGACCAUCAACGGCUCUCCUAUUCCAAACCUAAUACUUGGGUUGAAGAUUUCUUUUGCUGAACUCCAAUUAGCAACAAAGAACUUCAACUCCAAACUUGUAAUUGGUAAAGGUGGAUUCGGACAUGUUUACAAAGGAACCCUUUUGAACGGUACAAAAGUAGCUGUGAAGAGAAGUGCACCUGGUUCAGGCCAAGGCUUCUCUGAGUUCCAAACGGAGAUAAUGGUUCUCUCCAAAAUUCGGCAUCGACAUCUCGUUUCCUUAAUUGGGUAUUGCGAUGAAAGCUCAGAGAUGAUAUUGGUAUACGAAUACAUGGAGAAAGGAACCUUAAGAGACCACCUUCAUGAUCCAAAACUUCCUCGUUUAACAUGGAAACAAAGACUUGAAAUUUGUAUAGGCGCAGCCAGUGGGCUAAACUAUCUCCAUAAAGGCUCAUCUGGAGGAAUCAUCCAUAGAGAUGUCAAGUCCACCAACAUCUUGCUCGACGAAAAUCAUGUUGCUAAAGUGGCUGACUUCGGACUCUCAAAAUUGAGUCCUCUCGAAGAUACCCAUGUGAGCACAAACGUCAAAGGCACUUUGGGUUAUCUAGACCCGGAAUACUUUAGGUCCCAACAACUGACAGAAAAAUCAGAUGUUUACUCAUUCGGGGUUGUUCUUCUGGAGGUUCUAAGUGCGAGACCCGCCAUUGACACACAGCUACCAAGAGAACAAAUGAACUUAGCUGAUUGGGCAAUGAGAUGCAAGAAGAAAGGGAUGAUUGAAGAGAUUGUGGAUCCUUCUAUGAAGGGUAUAAUCAAUCCCAAUUCAUUGAGAAAAUUUAGCGAAACAGCAGAGAAGUGCCUACAGGAGGAUGGGUCUAGUAGGCCUGCCAUGAGUGACGUGAUAUGGGACCUUGAGUAUGCAUUACAGCUGCAACAAACAUCAGGGCCCAAAGAACUCAAUGAGGACAGUACAACCACGGUUUCAUCAGCAUUCGUGUUACCAAAUGCCCAGAGGCUUCCAUCAAUUGGGUCCAACUACGAAAGAGAUGAUACAAUUGCCAUGAGCGCCGAUUUCUCAUGCUUGACGGAUAGUCAAGUGUUUUCCCAAUUGAAAAUAGAUGACGCAAGAUAAGUCUUGUUUAGUUUCCGAGUUCCCUUGGUUUCAUGUGUUUUCUCCUCAUUUUUCUUCUAAUAUCAAACUGAAAUGCAUUGAAGUCCUUUCCUAUAGCUCUCUUUGUAACACUAUACUUAUUCCUAUGCUCUCUUUAAUAUAAAUACUAAUACUCUGUUUCUUGUGUAAAGAGUAAAAAACUAAAUUCAUUAUUUUUUUUUAAAAGGGAAACUACUCUAAACAAAGCACAAAGUUUGGUCCCUAAGGGUCCCUUUCUCUUUAAAUUGUAGUUCUUUCACCCCUCUUCCCUUCAAUCUAAUUAACCAUAACUCUCUCCUUCAAUCUCUCUCAAGCAAAAAGAUAAAAUCAUACAUAUCACUUGAAUUACAAAGAUUCACAAAUAACCUAUAAUUUGGUGUCAAUUUAGCACCACUCAAGCUUCAUUUUUAUGUAUAUGAAAAGACUCACAUUUAUAAAUCUAGAUGGUUUCUUCUUCGAAAGUUCUUUUGCUAAUGGAAUCUUGUUUCAUCAACUCAAGGCCAAACACAAAGACAAUUAGACUACUUUUAACUAAUUCUUAAGUAUAAGAUACCAAAAGGAUAUAUAUUGUGGAAAAACUUGUGUACAAAUGGCAUUUAGUGGCAGCUGCUAGGAAACAGCAGUAAACUUGUCCUACCACUUAAAGAUGUUCAUUUUCAUUAUUACUUAAAACCAAAGUAGAAGUCCCUUUCGUCCUGCCUUUUUUGGUGGGAUCCAUUAUAUAUAAUAAUGAAAAAUAAAAGCAGCAAUGAAAAACCCAAUUAGCCUUCUUCUUUUUCUUCCUCUUUGAUAUUUCUGGAUUCAAAAUUUACCAUUGAAAAGUCAACUUAAAUGCCUACCUCAAACUAGACACAAAACUCGACCUGAGUUGCUGGUUUAUGCAUAUGGUGAUCAUUCAACUCAAAUCUCUACCAUUCUCAGAUAAGUAUAGUUAUAGCUAGGGCUAGGACAAGUCUUAUGGAGAAGCAUCAGAGCCACAGACCUAAUAUCCCUAAACCUCCUCUGUUAAUUUUCCUUCUCCACUUCCUAACACUUCAUUUAAACAUCUCAUCUGCCUACGAAAUCCCAGUCAAGUAUUUCAUCAACUGUGGCUCAAAAGAAACUGUAAACAAUGGCAGUCGCAACUUCGUUGGCGACAAAAAAUCUAGCACCUCCAAAACUGGUUUCUUCUUUACAAAACCCAGUAGCACUGAUACAAACAUAAAUCAGUCGCCAUCGAAUAUACCAGCUCUGUACAACACAGCAAGAAUUUUCAAGGAACAAUCUUCAUAUGUGUUUAAAACCGGAGGUGUUAAUACUACUUACCUGGUACGCCUCCAUUUCUUUGCUUUCUCUUCCCAUACUGAUCUUUCUACAGCAGUCUUUGAUGUUUCUGCUUCUGGGUUUUUGUUGUUGCAUAAUUUCACUGCCCAAAGUAGUAAAAGAUUUCCAUUAAUAAAAGAAUUUUUUAUCCCAACUAACACUAGCAAGUUUCAAAUAUCUUUUACACCUAAACAAUCAUCCUUUGCAUUUGUAAAUGCCAUAGAAGUUUUCCCUGCUCCUCCUUUAAAUUUUAGCCUCGGUGAAGCUAAGAACGCUGGGGAACAGCAACCCACUUCAGUUUUGCAAACCGUUUACAGGAUCAAUGUUGGUGGCCCAAGAAUUGAAUCAGAUAGAGACACUGUAUGGAGAAACUGGGAAACAGAUGAUAGUUAUCUCGUCGACAAAAGCAGUGCAUAUACUUAUAAGACAACCGUCAGCUUUAAAAACCUAUUUGAUGAGACCCCAGAAUUAGUCUACAUGAGUGCCAAAGUAAUGAGUAACACUACCGGAAAUUCCAAAGUAACGUGGAGUUUUGUGGUUAAUAAGACUGCUGGGCACCUUGUAAGGACACACUUCUGUGACAUUAUUAGUAUAUCCGAAAAUACCUUAGCGUUCAAGGUGUACAUAAAUAGCAACAUCAGCCAAGAGAUCAAUGCCACUAACUAUCUCCGCAACUAUUCCCCAUUUCACAUUGAUUUUCAAGUUGGUUCCCACGAUUCUGGAGUCAUGAACGUGAGCAUAGGCCCUGUGAAUCCAGAAAUUGAUAAAUCUCCCUUUCUAAAUGGGCUGGAAAUAUUCGAGAUAAUGGACACAUUGACUUCAAUGCCGGCGGCAGCCACAGAGAGCAACUCACCCAAGACUACAGUUGUAAGUUCAGUUCUUGGAAGUGUUGCAUUUCUCUGCAUUUUGGCAACUGGUUUCUACUUCUUUUCCAAACGCAGAAGGUCAAAAGCUAUCGAAAAUUCCGUUUGGAGCAAAAGAUCAAGCACCACUAAACACCCUGUUCAAAAUUUAAACUUGGGCCUGAAAAUUCCUUUCUCUGAAAUUAAGUCAGCAACGAAGAACUUCAGUCCAACGCAGCAAAUUGGCAAAGGUGGAUUUGGAAUUGUCUAUAAAGGAAUCCUUUCAAAUGGCACACAAGUAGCAAUAAAAAGAAGUUCACCUGGUUCAGGCCAAGGCUUGUCCGAGUUCGAAACAGAGAUAAUGGUUCUCUCCAAAAUCCGCCAUCAACAUCUAGUUUCCUUAAUUGGGUAUUGCGAAGAAAGAUCAGAAAUGAUACUGGUCUAUGAAUUCAUGGAAAAUGGUUCCUUAACAGAUCACCUUUACAACUCAGACUCACCUAGUUUGUCAUGGAAACAAAGACUAGACAUUUGCAUAGGCGCAGCCAGAGGCCUCAAGUACCUCCACAACGACUCCCCUCAAGUAAUCAUACACAGAGAUGUUAAGUCAGCCAACAUCUUGCUAGACCAAAAUCUCAUAGCUAAAGUCGCUGACUUUGGACUCUCCAAAUCAGGUCCUCCCGAAGAAUCACAUAUAAGCACAAAAGUAAAAGGUACCUUCGGUUAUCUUGAUCCUGAAUACUUCACAUCCCAACAAUUAUCACAAAAAUCAGAUGUUUAUUCAUUUGGGGUUGUUCUCCUUGAGGUUUUGUGCGCAAGACCCGCCAUUGAUACCCAUCUACCAAGAGAUCAAAUCAAUUUAGCUGAAUGGGCAAAAUACUGCAACAACAAAGGAGUAAUCGAAGAAAUAAUCGACCCAUCAAUUAAACCCCAAAUAAGCCCUAAUUCUCUACAGAAAUUUAUGGAAACAGCGGAGAAAUGUCUGCAAGAAGAAGGAGUCGAUAGACCUUCCAUGGUAGACGUGAUUUGGGACCUCGAAUACGCAUUGCAGUAUCAACAAACGCCAGUGCCCAGAGAACCCCACGAAGACAGUACGAUCACAGCUUCAUCGGCGUUCGUAAUGCCCGACGCCCGGCGGUUACCGUCCCUAGAUUCCACCAUCUACAUUGACGAUGACUCGGCGACUCUGAGCGAAAAUUUGCCCCAUUUGAAUGCUGGCGAAUCAUCUCCCCAAAUGAGAACUCAGAAUUUCGAUCAAUAACGAAAAAUUAGGAUUUAUAUUGGAUAAUGUAUAAUGAAUUGAAUUGAAUUGAAUUGUAUGAUCUUUUCCUUAAAAGACUCUGUUUUGAAUUUUCUGA